ACGUGACUCAGCGCAAGAAGCAGCUCCUCCCAAAGCUUCGCGCGAAUUGGGAAACUUGAUCAGACCAUUUCCAACUUUUGAACGAUAAGACUCGAGAAUUCCACGAAUUCGCCCGCAACCUUCCCGCUAAACGCUAAACCUACCUCUCACCCGUCUUCCUCAGAAUCGCAUUCGAAAUGGCCAUCGCACCUAUCACCGGCAUGCUCCGACGGGGCCUCGUUGCCGACCUCAGCAUUGCGCUCGGACUUGGCGUAACUUUCGGCGCUCUCUACUGGCACGGAUACCACAUGCCGCGCACCUACGCACGAGAUAACUUCUACAGAAAACUCGAGCAAGAACGAGCUGCCGCGAGAAGCAUCUAGAUGCGUUUAUGAUGAAGGACUAGCGUGGAAGACAGAGUGCGAAGGGGAGGGAGGGGAGAGGACGCAAGAUACUAGACGAGAACGACUUUUCUAUCGUGUGGUUGGAGAAUGCUAUAGAAGGUGGUUAUGCUUUGAAAGCUGGGGACGGCCGACUGUAUUAUACGAACGAGUACCCGCCCGCCGAAUUCAGGCUCCCCUGAGCAUUCUUCUUAUCCGUUGGUCCGUACAAUACGAUCUAGUGGUCAGUUUUCGCAAGCGUGCUACGUAUAUACCUAUGUAUUGGUCUUGUUCGUAUGACUAUGAGUAUGACGUAGUCGUAAUUAUACCCAAGGUAUGAAAAGUUGUAGAUGAGUGAUGGUAAUAGGUAUAUGAGAUUGUCUUAAUACGGCACAUGCUAUGAUGAAUGUGGUUUUCCCCUGGACUUGGAAUUGUAUCCUGUAUCAGCUUCUAUAAAUUUAUACCUAUAAUUAAGUACCU